AUGUCAAGUCAACGAAGUGGUUGUGAAAAGAGAAAACGUAAAGCCUGUAAAGAAGCAGAACUAUUAAAAAUUAAAACUAGUGCAGAAAAUAUAACAGAUUCUAUAUCUGACAGCACAAAGAAAAUUGAAAAUAAGGAACUACAUAGUGAUGAUGCUAGUGCAGAAAAUACAACAGAUUCUAUAUCUGACAGCACAAAGAAAAUUGAAAAUAAGGAACUAUAUAGUGAUGAUGCUAGUGCAGAUAAUACAACAGAUUCUAUAUCUGACAGCACAAAGAAAAUUGAAAAUAAGGAACUACAUAGUGAUGAUGCUAGUGCAGAUAAUACAACAGAUUCCAUAUUCGAAAGUUCAAAGAAAAGUGAAAAUAAGGAACUACAUAGUGAUGAUAGUAUGUAUUUUUAUUAUAAAACAAUCAAUUUAACAAAUUUUAAUUUUGUUGUGGUUUUAAUGUUUCUGUCAACAGCUAGUGCAGAAAAUACAACAGAUUCUAUAUCUGACAGCACAAAGAAAAUUGAAAAUAAGGAACUACAUAGUGAUGAUGCUAGUGCAGAUAAUACAACAGAUUCCAUAUUCGAAAGUUCAAAGAAAAGUGAAAAUAAGGAACUACAUAGUGAUGAUACUAGUGCAGAAAAUACAACAGAUUCUAUAUUCAACAGUUCAAAACAAAGUGAAAAAAAGGAACUAUAUAGUGAUGAUGUUAAUAUGGUGAAUGUAUAUGAUCCGGUUAAUCCAUUUUCAAAAGAUCGCUUAGAGUUCCAAAAUCGAAUUUUGAAAGGACGUUACAAGCCUAUAUUAGAUCUUUAUCCACGGUCACUUCAAAACUCUAAAAAUAGGUCAUUUCAGAAAAACUGGUAUGAUAUUUUUGAUUGGUUAGAGUAUAGUGAUGCUUCUGACAAGGCAUUUUGUUUCCCUUGUCGCUGCUUUAAAGGUAAUGAAAUAAAUAGCAGCUACAGUGAAUCAACAUUUAGUAGUAAUGGUUUUAAAGCGUGGUAUCGAGCUAUUGAUGCAUUCAAAAAACAUCAAUCAUCCAAAUGUCACUUAAACAGUGCAAAAGCAUUAACUGAUUUUAUUAAUUUGAAGUCAAUUGACUGUGUGCUCAAUAAGAAUCGUCUUGAAGAAAUUAGUAGAAAAGAAAAAGAUCGUUUGAAAAACAGAGAAUUUAUGAAUCGUAUCAUUGAUAUUAUAAUUUGUUUAGGAAAGAGUGGUAGGCCAUUUCGUGGUCAUGAUGAAAAAUCUGAUAGUUGCAAUCAAGGACUUUUUAAGGAAUUAGUAAUCUUACUGACAAAAUAUGAUGUUGUUCUUCAAGACCAUUUACAAGAGGCUCCAAAAAAUGCUUUGUACACAAGUAACAGAAUACAGAAUGAUUUAAUAACAUCAAUUAAAAAUGUUAUUUUACGAAAUAUAAAAAACAACCUACAAAAUUCGUUCAUAUCAAUAAUGGCUGAUGAGACUACAGAUGUUGGUCAUUUUGAACAAUUGUCAAUUGUUUUUCGAUAUUUUGAUGAAAAAAAAAUAGACCAGUUGAAACUUAUAUUACAUUGA